AUGUCGCUCCAGAUGGGUUUUGUGAAGAAGCUGGAGAUCCGCAAAGAUAAAGUAAAAUGCGUUGAUUUCCAUCCUUCAGAGCCAUGGGUAGUUUCAGGUCUUUACAGCGGAGCCUGUACUAUUUACAACAUCAAAAAACAAUCUUUGGUAAAACGCAUUGAGGUUUGUAAUUCGCCAGUUCGUUGUUGUAAGUUCAUCGCACGGAAACAAUGGCUCAUCGCUGCGGGCGACGAAAUGUGUAUUUGGGUAUACAACUACAACUCCUUGGAGAAGGUGGCCGCUGUAGAAGGACAUACCGACUAUGUGAGGUACUUGGAUGUCCACCCAACGCUUCCUUACGUAUUGAGUUGCUCAGACGAUAUGACUAUUAUGCUGUGGGACGUUGAACGGGAUUGGGAGCGUCUAUGCGUGUAUGACGGCCAUCAGCAUUAUGUAAUGAUGGUCAAGUGGAGCCCAAAGGAUGUAUAUACAUUUGCUUCAUGUUCUCUUGAUCACACUAUCAAGUUUUGGGGUGUUUCACAGGAACUCUUGGACCGCCGCCAAUAUUCUCAAUCAUCGCCCAAGCCAUUUUUCACCCUGAAGGGCCAUACACGCGGUGUAAACUGUAUCGAUUUCUCUGCUGUUAUGGCAAAUCCUUACAUAGUCUCGGGUAGUGAUGACGGUAGUAUUCGUGUAUGGGACUAUCAGACGAAGCUAUGUCUACAGGUACUCAGCCAGCACACUCAACCUGUGACAUGUGUGCUCCAUCAUCCACGUCUCCCACUGAUUGUCACAGCAGGUGAAGACAGCAAUGUGAAUAUAUGGCACAGUAGUUUGUACAAGUUGAAGCGCAGCACUAACUUUUCGGUGGGCAAGAUAUGGACUAUUGCUUGUGACGCUACCAACAUGGCAAUUGGUAGUGAUCAAAGUACAUUGGUUGUUCAGUUUGGUGGUGAGAGGCCUCUUGUAUCAAUGCACUCCAACAAGUUAGUUAUGGUUAACAUGUUUGACAUUGUGAGUUGUAACUUGAGCUCAAUCACUGAAUUGGAUGAAGAGAGCAUUGGAAAGCCAUUAUCUCUUGACUUCCGCAAUAUUGGCCAUUGUGAAUUCUUCCCUCAAUAUCUAUCGCAUCAUCCUAAUGGACGAUAUAUUUGUCUCUGCGGUGAAUCUGAGUAUGUGAUUUACACUGCUCAGGGUAUGCGUUCCAAGACCUUCGGUAAGGCUGCACAGGUGGUGUGGUCAUUUGAAGGUGACUACGCGACAUGGGAUGGAAACGUCAUAACAAUACAUCAUGAUUUUGCUCCUGUAAAUACAAUAAAGCCUGAUCUAUCGGUACUCAGUUUACACGGUGGUCGCCUAUUGGGUGUGAGUUCCAGCAGUAAAGUCCAAUUCUACGACUGGAAUAGUGGCUACCUAGUUCGUACCAUCGAUGCAGCAGUAUCAGAUAUUUGGUGGAACGUUAAGGGUACUAAGGUAGCUCUUGGUUGUGUGGGUAACUGUUACAUCCUCAAGUAUAAUAGUGAUGCUCUUGCAUCUUCCCUGGAGGUACAGGAAUACGAUGCUUCCAACGGUGUAGCAUCUGCUUUUGAGCUUGAGGGUGAGAUUAUGGAGAGUGUAAGUAGCGCUACUUGGGCUAUGGACACUUUCGUAUUUGUAACUGCUGGCCUCCAUCUAAACUUGUGGACGGCCGGUGCCAGCGAGAUUUUCCACUACCUUGAUCGACCACUGCAUAUGAUAGGUCACUCCCCGCAGAGCGGCCUGCUCUACUUAUGCCAGGAUGACGUGGUUGCGUUCCCCUUACCAAUUGAAUACUUGCGCUUCCACUCUUUUGUGGCUUCCAAAAUGGAGGCUCUCGUUGAGGGUCUGGUAUUCGACGGCGAUGCGGAAUUGGAUCAACUUAUAUUUGACUUCGGUUCUAGUUUGAAGGAGCGUGCUAGUGGGUUUUUGGAAUCGGUUGGUGAAUAUCAGUUGGCUCUUCGCUGUUCGGAAGAGCCUGAGCGUCACUUCGAGUUGUAUUUGAAACUGGGCAAAAUCCAGGAAUGUCUACGCAUUUUACAAGAUUUACAGGUGAAACAACAUGAUAAGUCACGCGAUGACGUCUUACGUUGCAAGUGGAAGCGUCUAGGAACCUAUUGUUUAGAACAGAACGAUUACGAAACGGCUGUGGACUGUCUGGUACGUUGCGGUGACUACUCCUCAUGUCUGUUGAUUUACGUUGUUACUGGUAACCGUGAUGGUAUCGCCAAGAUUGCAGAGCUCGCCACUCAGGAUGGUUGCUCUAACAUCGCCUUCACAUGUCACUACAUGUUGAACAACAUUUCGCAAUGUAUCGACUUGCUGCAUCGAUCUAACCGGCAUAGCGAGGCAGCUAUAAUGGCUCGAACCUUCAAACCAUCGGCUAUUGGUGAAUCAUUUGAGAAAUGGUGCAGUACAUAUAACCCGAAGCUACCGGAGCUUGAGAAGCCUGCGGAGGAUGAAGAUUCGCUUGAGCUCGAGUCUUUACUGUCUCAACGGCUGAAUUUAGGUUUCCCACCAGCUUCAGAAUACCCUAAUCUAAAGGAAGCUGUUCAUGUGGACUUCAGGAGGGAAGAUAACCCUGUAGAUAAGUCGGCCCUGGUUUCCAGCUGGUCUGCUGGUAUUUGA